UCGUUAUUUAUUUGUGCGAAGUUCUUGUGUUUGUUGUUCACCGUUUUCGUCACCGUCGCACGAUUCGGCCUAGCUCGCUUCUGGCGGGCUACGUCUAACCGUAAUAGGACGUUUGGCCUCUGGUUCAGAAAGGAACCAUAAUCGUCAAGGAGGCCCAUCUCUCGGGACUCGAGACAAGCUUUUCGAGUCUCUAAUUCCAAAGGAGAGCCCUUCUCAGCGCGGUCAAUACGGUCUUGCCGUGGCCCGCUGAUUGUGUCAAGGAAGGAAGACGCCGUUUAAACCCUUACCCGCUUGUCAUCGCCUGACCAGCACCAUCAAACAGCAAAAGGGCUAACAGUUAAGGAUGGACAACCAGCGUGGAGGAGGUGGUGGAGGCCGCGGCAGAGGUCGCGGUUUCAGUGGAGAAGGUCGCGGAAGAGGUCGAGGUGGUAAUAACAAUGGAGAAGGCCGUGGCCAAGGUUGGGAGGGCCGUGGUCAAGGUGGGGAGGGCCGUGGCAGGGGUCGUGGUUUUUCUGGAGGAGAGGACCGCGGUGGAGGUGGAGGCGGUCGUGGAUAUACAGGGGAAGGCCGCGGAAGAGGUCGCGGUCGCGGUGGCUACCAACAGGAUGGACAAGGAAGAAGUGGUCAGGAAGGAGGAUAUCAGCAGCAUCAGCAGCAGUAUCAGCCGCAGCAUCAUCAGCCGCAGCAGCAGCAGGCACCUAGGCCAGCAGCUAGAGAGCAAACGCCACAGGCAGUUGUACCGGCAGGCAAUACUGGUCUUCGCCCUCAACGUGGCGCAACCGGGGAUGGAUCAGGUUCUGCAGGUCGUGGCGCGGUGCGUAAUAAUCGGAGAGUUCAGGAUGUUGUCAGAACUAGACCUGUGGAUUCCACGAUUUCGAAGCAUGGUGAAUCCGGAACUAAGAUUAUGCUACAGGCCAAUUACUUCCGAAUCUCUAGAGGAGGCGAAGAGUGUAUAUUCCAGUACCGUGUCGAUUUUAAUCCGGUGGUAGAAAGCAGCAAGUUAAUGAGCUCCCUGGUUUAUACUUUGAAACCUACUAUCGGAGGAUAUCUGUUCGACGGGACACAGAUCUUUACUCGUCAUAAGUUGCGCAGCGAAGAAGUCGAAAUUCAAACCAAGGAUCCUAUUAGUGGUACUCCUUACAUUAUCAAGCUAAAGAAGGUUGGCGUUCUUGAUGGAUGCAACGAAAUGGAGUUCAUGAUUUAUAACUUGAUCAACAGAAAGGCGAUGGGUGGACUAAAUUUGCAGCUAAUUGGGCGCAACUUCUUUGAUCCUGGCGCAAAAAUCGUUAUCCCACAGCAUGGUCUCGAGUUGUAUCCAGGUUACAUAACUAGCAUUCGACAGCACGAGCAGGAUGUGCUUAUGUGCGCAGAGAUAAACCACAAGGUAAUGCGCAGCGAAACUUGCUACGGACUGUUCAAACAGUGUGCCCAAAGCGGAGGAAACUAUAAGGACAACUACAAACGUUUAAUCCUCGGUUCAGUAGUGAUGGCAACAUACGGAAAGAAUCAAACCUACACGAUCAACGAUGUAGAGUUCAACACCACUCCGGAAAGUUCCUUCGAAACUGUCGCCGGUAGAAUUACUUUCAUUCAAUACUUUAAAGAACGCUAUAACAUCAUCAUCCGAGACCCACGCCAACCGAUGCUGGUUUCGCGAGCUAAGGCGCGAGACAUUCGAGCAGGCAAGGCCGAGCUACUGUAUCUGGUUCCGGAGCUGUUCCGAAUGACCGGCCUUACCGACGAGAUGCGUCAAAAUUUCGGUUUGAUGCGCGAAAUUGCAAACUAUACGCGGCUCGGACCGGAUAAGCGCAUUGAGCGUCUGCUUAACUUCAACGAUCGCCUGCAAAAAACCAAGGACAGCAUAGAGGUGUUCAAAUUUUGGCAAACAGAACUGGAGCGCCGUUUGGUGGAACUGCCCGGUCGAGUCCUAGAUCAGGAAAAAAUCAUCCUCGGACACCUUCGGUCCGAUCAAAUGACUGAGCACCCGGCUGGAGUUCAGGCUGAUUGGCAGCAGGUUAUCCGUAGCAAUGCAAUGUUCAUCACAGUUCCGUUGACGAAUUGGUACGUGGUAGUCUCUGCUGGGUCUGAGAAUUUGAUGGCCGAUUUUAUUGGUUGUCUAAAACAGGCGUCCAAAGGCAUGAAAUUCCACGUCGAGGACCCUCAGGUUGAGGUGAUCAAAAAUGAUUCUCCUCCUGUUUACGUAGAUGCACUGAAAAGGAUCUGCCAAAGAGAUCCUCAGCUGAUCAUGUGUCUGGUGAGAAAUGACAAGGCCGACCGAUAUUCGGCCAUCAAAAAGGUUACCUGCGUUGAACGUGCCGUCCCUACCCAAGUUAUUAAAGCCAGAACCGUGACGCCUAAAGGUGGUAAUGUGCGUACUUUGAUGUCCGUGGCGACCAAAGUAUCAAUUCAGCUGAACUGCAAACUGGGAGGAAUUCCGUGGACCCUGAGAACGCCACUCAGCUCCGUAAUGGUCGUAGGUUUUGACGUGUGUCACGAUACCCAGGACAAGUCAAAAUCCUACGGAGCGUUGGUAGCCACGAUGUAUUUCUCAGGAGUUAAGCAUCCAAAAUACUUUUCUACGGUCAAUUCCCACUGCAAUGGCGAAGAACUAUCCGACUUCAUGUCCCAGAACCUGUUCAAGGCUUUGCACGCUUACCGGAGAGAAUUCAACGGCGAUCUACCGCAACGUAUCAUUCUGUACCGCGACGGUGUUGGUGAAGGCCAGUUCAAAUACGUGUACGAGCACGAGGUCGGUUCCAUAAAAGAAAAGUUGAACCUGGCUUACAACGGCACCGCGGCCGCUUCCCGACUCACAUUUAUCGUCGUCAACAAGCGCAUCAACACCCGCCUGUUCCAUAACAGUAGAAAUCCAGUGCCCGGUACCAUUGUGGAUGAUGUCAUCACGCUUCCCGAGAGAAACGACUUCUUCCUGGUCUCGCAGAGCGUCAACCAGGGCACGGUGUCGCCGACCUCCUACAACAUACUGUACGACGAGUCCGGCCUCAAGCCGGACCAUCUGCAGCUGUACACCUUCAAGCAGACCCAUCUGUACUACAACUGGUGCGGAACCGUCGGAGUUCCGGCCGUGUGCCAGUACGCCCACAAGCUGGCCUUCCUGGCCGGCCAGUAUCUGCACCAAUCGCCGAACGCUGCGAUGGAAAACAAACUCUACUACCUUUGAGGAGUCAGCUAUGCGAUGAUCAAUGAUCAUUGAUUAUGUUUUAUGAUUGUUAUAACAAAAUAUUUUUAUUUGCGAAUUAUAUAUAGUAUCUAUAAGAUCACGUACAAAAAAAAA